AUGGCAGCUUUUAAACAACCGGCACGGAGAGAGGUGAGAGAAGUGUUAAAUAUGGAGGUAGAAUUUUUUUCUUUUUCUUUCAUGCAAGGUUGUGAUGGGAUGAUAAAAGUGGAAGCAUUGAAUGGGAACAAGCGUGUGAAUCGUGAUCUUCUUCGAAAGGGAGAGAGUGGAGCAGAAGGACAAAUCGAUUAA